UCUCAGUGAACCAUGAAGCCCCUAAGAGCUGCUCUGCUGUUUGUAACUGCAAUAAAUCUAUUCCCAGGUUCAAAUGUUUCUGAACUAAAAAACGCAACCGUACAAUCUACAGCAGGUACAAAGGGAACUGACGCACCAAUAAGUACAUCUGUACAGUCUAUAGCUGGCACAAACUUACAACCUUCGACCACUGCAAAGGAUGAUACAGAACCUAAAGCUACAGGCACAACGUUACAACCUUCUACCAAUGCAACGGAUGACCAAAGGAAAAUUACAGAAUCUGCAGACAAAAUGUUACCAACUUCUAUCAAUGCAAUUGAUGUCAAUAAAUCUCAAGCGAAUGAGCAAGGCAAAACACAGAGUGCUACACAGAGUAGUAUGCAGACUGCAAAAACAACGUUUGAUGUCAAUAAAUCACCAGCGAAUGAGCAAGGCAUAACACAGAGUACUACACAAAGUAGGAAAACACAGUUCAAUGUUUCUAAAAUGGAUACCGAAGAUAGCUCCCACAGCGAUGCAGCACCUACACCUGAUCUAAAUCUAAAAGAUGUUACAUUGGAACCCAAAAACAAUGAUAAUAAUGUGGCGAAUGAUAAUUACUUGCGAAGUAAAAAAGGAAUUGUGACGGUUGUGUGUAUUCUCCUGGCUGUAAUCAUUUCUAUAGUAAUUGCUGUAUUUCUCUACAAGAUAUGCCAGAGAAAGACCCCAGUUGUAGAGCAAGCUGGAACAAAAACAUCUGCCCAAAACAAGGAAAAUGUUAAACUGAUUUCAGUAAGAACAUCAGCUACUGAUUCCGAUUUAAAAAGAACCUCACACUCCCUGCAAGCGGACAUGUUUGCUGAAUGCUGAAGACUGAAGUAAACCCACACGUGCUACUGCAGCUGGUUACAGGACAUUUCAGUGUCUUCAAUAUACUCCUGAACAAUUCUUAUUUGUAUGAGAUACAUAACACAAUUCCCUAUGUUUUAUUGAACAGUUUCUAAAUGGUCAAUAGUUAACCAACUUAAGGAUAGGGUGAACCUAACCACAUUUGCUGGUUUGAUUUUAUGACUAGUUUCAAGGUGUUUUUUUUAUAAACUGUAAAUAACAUUACCUUAGAUUUGUUUUAUAUUGAAAGUAAAUAAAGAUAUUGAUGAGCUGAAA